UGUGGUGUAAUAUUAGAGCCCAGUCCCUUUACACACCGCCACAUUAAGCCUCACCCUACCCCAAAAGGGAUCGGCACCACAGGCAACCCAGUUUCGGCAACUACUCGAGGAAUCUUCGUACGCCUUGUGCUAUUUCACAAAUUUAUAAACAGCUAGAGCCCAAACAACAUUUAUCUGCAACUGGGGAAGCUUACACAAAUAUAAAGAUAUAAAGGAAAAAAAAUGGAAGGUAUAUGGCGAGAAGUAUGAAAGAAGGUGUCAGUAAAGAUAGGAUAUCAAAUAACUGAUGUUUUAAUUUAGAUAUUAAAACAAGUGAAUGUUAAAAUCUCCCUGGCAUGAGUAAUCUCCCAGACCAUGGUUCAGGCCAGAAAGACCUGGGGGAAAAUCAAGAGAUUGAAGAGAGCAAAGAAAGUCACAGUGAACAUGAGCCACCAGGGAUAUCUUUUGAUCCACCAGUCUACCGUCAAAGAUAUGGUAUUGUUUUUCAAAUGGUUCAAAAAUACAAUGCUAAGAAGGUUCUGGAUUUUGGAUGUGCAGAGUGUAAACUACUAAGGUUUCUUAUAAGCAAUGAAGCCAAAAUAGAACACCUAGUUGGUGUAGAUAUUGAUGGAGAUUUAUUACAACAAAGUAAAUUUAGGAUUGAACCUCUGAUAUACGACUACCUGCAUCCAAAAGAAGUUCCAUUCACUGUCACCACGCUUCAAGGUUCUAUUUCUCAAGCUGAUGAUAGAUUCUGUAAUUUUGAUUUGAUAUCAUGUGUUGAAAUCAUUGAACAUCUUGUUCCUGAACACCUUGAAGCAAUGCCAAAAGUAUUGUUUGGUCAGCUGUCACCCAAGGUUGCCAUAGUGACAACUCCUAAUGCUGAUUUCAACGUCUUGUUUCCAAACUUGGAGGGCUUUCGUCACUGGGACCACAAGUUUGAGUGGACAAGAGAAGAGUUUGAAGAAUGGGCUACAAUUCAGGCAAACAAAUAUGGAUAUACUGUGUCCUUCCAAGGCAUUGGCAAUGGACCAAUAGGAACAGAGCAUCUGGGAUGCUGCUCUCAAAUGGCUUUAUUUGAGAAGAAUGACUCCAUAUGUAUCCCUAAGGAAGAACAAUCAUUUGGUCAACCUUAUCAACUGAUCAAAGAAGUGGAAUAUCCAUACAGAAAAUGUACAAUCACAGAAGAACAGAAAAUUCUAUAUGAAGUGGAAAGACUUUUAUGGCUUUUGUCUCAGCCAAAUGAGUAUGAAGAAGAGGAGGAUGAACCUAUAGUUGAUGACGAUUCACCAAAAUCUUUUGAAUUAAAACGUUUGCUUGAAAUGCGAGGAUUACAGAAGCUAUGUGGUACCAUGGAGAAAUUAAAGUCUGUUCUUGAGUCUUCCAGAUUUAAAUUAACAGAAGAUGGGGACUCUAUUAUAUGGUGUCGUCCUAUGUGGGAGUCUGAUGAAAGUGAAGACAGCCUUGAUUGGAAUAUUGAUGAUGAUGAAGAUAAUAAGAUAAACCCCUUAAAUAUAUCACCGACAGAACAUAAUAUCAAUGAGCCAACUGAGAACUGGGAUUCAGAUCUGGACGACUCUGAUACUAAAAUUGUUCAUUAUACCAGUGAUGUUUGUUGGAAUACUGUUGGUAAUAAUGACACCUGUCAGUAUUGGGAUGGAACAAAGGACAUAGAAUCUGAAAAUACACUAACUGGGGAUAAAGAUGCAGAGAAUGAUUAUGAUGAUGACAAUGAUGAGGACUUCUGUCAUUUUAGGCUAAGCUGGCAGGGUGCAAAAAUUGAUGAUGGGGAUGAUCAUAAUGAAGAGGUGUGCAACCUGGACGAUGAUGGACUAAUAUGGAUAGCAUCUGAAGAAACAACAUCAAAGAUAGCUAAUACCCUAAGUAACUCAACAUAAUUCAGCUACAGAAUGCAAGAUAUCUUAUGCGAAGGCCCAAUCCUAGUCCUAAUCCAGGAAAUUCUAAAAGGGAAGGCCCAAAGUCAGCCUUAACAACAUAAUGCAUAGACACAAUAGCUUUAAUAAGGCAGGGCAAAAUUUGUUUUAAUUUCGUAAAAAGAGAUUAUGAAGAUGUAAAUGGAAUGUUUAUGAGGUGGAGGUAAAUAGUUAGCUUUUAUGUAAAAACAUGUUAAUAUUGAAAACACCUGCAUGUUUUAGUAAAAUGUUGAAUUUA